GAACAUCAUUCCAAUAAUUGCAAAAGCUGACACCAUUGCCAAGAAUGAAUUACACAAAUUCAAGAGUAAGAUCAUGAGUGAACUGGUCAGCAAUGGGGUCCAGAUAUAUCAGUUCCCCACAGAUGAAGAAACAGUGGCAGAGAUUAACGCAACAAUGAGUGUCCAUCUCCCAUUUGCAGUGGUUGGCAGCACCGAAGAGGUGAAGAUCGGCAACAAGAUGGCCAAGGCCAGGCAGUACCCCUGGGGUGUGGUGCAGGUUGAGAAUGAAAACCAUUGUGAUUUUGUGAAACUUCGGGAGAUGCUGAUCCGGGUGAACAUGGAGGACUUGCGAGAACAGACUCACACCCGCCAUUAUGAGUUGUAUCGGCGCUGUAAGCUCGAGGAGAUGGGGUUCAAGGACACUGACCCUGACAGCAAGCCCUUCAGUCUUCAGGAGACAUAUGAAGCAAAAAGGAAUGAGUUCCUGGGAGAACUGCAGAAGAAAGAGGAAGAAAUGAGACAAAUGUUCGUUAUGAGAGUGAAGGAAAAAGAGGCUGAACUUAAAGAGGCGGAGAAAGAGCUUCAUGAGAAGUUUGACCUCCUAAAGCGGACACACCAAGAGGAGAAGAAGAAGGUGGAAGACAAGAAGAAGGAGCUUGAGGAGGAGGUGAACAACUUCCAGAAGAAGAAAGCUGCAGCUCAGUUGCUACAGUCCCAGGCCCAGCAGUCUGGCGCCCAGCAAACCAAGAAAGACAAGGAUAAGAAAAAUGCAAGCUUCACAUAAAGCCUGGCAAGCCAAGGAUGUUCCCGCAUUCACCUGCUUUUGCAGUAAUAUUGUAUCUCUGCCAUCUGUGUCCUUUUGUUUUAUUUUUUUUUUGCUCUUCCCCAAACACCAAUAACUAUUAACUCAUUUUGCCAAAUGUUGUUGGGUGGUGGAAAAUGAUAGAACAAGGGAAUGACAGCAGAGCUCUGUGCAGCUGGACUUUGUUUUUGGAAAGUAAAUAAUUUGCCUUUUAUGCCUGUUCAGAAUGGCAGCAGGAAGCAUGCCUGUUACUUGUAUGUCACUUUGGAAUGAGGAAAGUGGGGUAAAAUACUGCCUGUACGUCUGACAUGAAAACUUCUCACCGCCUCAGCAGCUGAACUAAAAACCUGAAUAGCCACGACAACAACUUGCAUUUUCUUGAUUAUUCAUCUCCAUGAUUGCACAAUCCCUGAAUUCACUGUCUCUUCUCCACACCUGCCCCAAACCAAGGCAGACGUACGUGUGUGUAGGCAGGAUGGUGAAUAAGCAUUAUGUAUGGCUUUACCCCUGCAUACAUUUUUCAUUUUAAUCAAUAACAUUAUUUGGCCUGAGCUUGUGGGUCUGUUCAGAUGUCUCCUGUUAUUGUUUGAAACUGCAUCUGAAUGCUUGCCUCUUAAAUCCUGGCCAAGUUGGAGUGGACUUGCAUAAGAAAACUGAUUAUAUUCACGUUUAUCAUGCAUCCUGAUCUUCGCACAGAUGGAGAUCUCAAAGGUGGUAGCAUACAACAUUGCUUAGUGGAAUCUUCUACUGAGGAUGAUGGGUUUUCCAUAAGCUACUUACUACUUUAAAUAAGAGAUCUUUCCUAAACAUACCUACUCAGCUCUCAGUGGGCUGAGGGGGAGGACCUUAGUAACUCAUUUCAGGAUAUCAGUACUUCUAGUAAAAUUUUUCAGUAAUCAUGAGGAGAAAAUUUCUACAAAUACUUCAGAUAGAAAAUUUAUUAUUUUCUAUCAUCGGCAGAACAAAUCUGAAGGGAUCGUUUCAGGGCAAGGUAGAAAUGGCAAGGGACACAGCACAACCCGUGAGUCAAGACAGUAGAAAUUGAACUUCACACUUAGUUUUUUUGCUUAGUCUCCUUUCAAUAUUUGGCCAUAAAGAGAGGAAGAAAUAGAAUGGCUGCUGCUUCAAGUCCAGUUGUCCUGAGGAAUCUUCCUCACCAUGACCAGCUCCACCUGCUCUUCAUGCCUAAGGCCCAUCGUCUCAUCAAAGGUUAGGACUAAUGCAAGUGCCAGGACACACACUACAUGCCUGAUGUGUAUGGAAGGGGCCAUAUUUAAUCUCUCUUCGACUAUUCCUUUCUGAUGCCUAUCCUUUCAUCUGCUUGAUUUUUCCCCCCUAACAAGAUUCUCCCAGAUUUCUAGUUCUGUAGUCUCCUGUUUCUUACUUGAAAGGAUAACAUUUCUCAUGAACCCAGUACUUCACCUCUGCAUUUUCCUUCUGGCCCGCACUAUUUACACGUUAAAUAAAUAGGAUCAAAUAUGCUGCACCUCCCUCCGCACACUCUUUUCCCCUCCCUCCCUUCCCCACCGGCCCUGACUCCUCCUUUUUUUUAAAAAUUAAUAAGUCUCUAGUCGAUUUCAACAGAGAUAUUUUUCCCUUCUCUUCAUCGUCAGUCAUACUUAAGGGAAAUAAGGAAUGGUCUUCCAUGAACUGAUUUAGCCUUAAUUAGGCAAAGUAAGGAAAUCAGUUUCAUUGAAGCCCAAACUAAGCUGGGAUAGAAACUGCUAGAAGCAACAGCAGUAGUGGUCUUUACAGAUUUAGUAGCUACUAGACCAGUGCUUUUGUUUUUGGCUUUUUUUUUUUUUUUUUUUUUUCCUUUUUUAAAAAAAUUCUAGUCUGAAGCUAGCUGUGGAGCAGCCAAAUAUUAGAUGGCAUGCUGAUUCUAACUAUGGGCUGAAUUUGCUCAUAUGCUGUGCACCAGACAAAAGCUUGAAUAUUUGUGUUGUAUGCUUGUUCCAACCACUGCUUGUGUGAGCAUUUUUGUGCUUUGUAACAGAAAAUACACUUUAAAAUUUUGUAUCUUGCUUCACUAAAUCCUUUUUAAAAUGAGCCUAGCAACAAAAGGCAUCCAGCUGACUUUUUGAUUCCAAGAUUGUUGAUUGAUUGGGUUGAUUUAUUUUUGCAUUAAAUUUUUCACAGCAAAAUAAAUUAUAUGGCGAGUCAGGGAAUAAAAAAAAUCAAGAGACAUAUAGAAGCUGUUUUUUUUUUUAAUGUGUUGCUUCUGAACUUUUUUCUACCACUGCUCCCCAGCCCUGUUUAGUUUGUUCUUGCUGCUCUUUUCUUUCUGUAUCUAUGCCUUUUUUCACAGUAGUCCUUGGCUCUGCACGGAGUAAAUGAUACCCUCAAAUCUAAUUGGAUGUGCUUUCGCCUUUGCAUGUAAGUAUAGUAGUAAGAAAUCUUUGAGAUCUUUCUGACUUUUUAAAAUUAGAGAAAACAAAUGGGAUGGAUGGAAUUAUUUUUUUCUUCUUUUGGAGGGGGGUAGGGAGGUAAUGGUUUAAAUAGCCUUUGUUUACAAAAAAAA